AUGAGUACUCCCGCGAAGCAUUCGCAGUUUUCGAUGGACCUCUUCGACAAAUGGCGAAGUGAGCAGAACCGCUCCAUCGCGCACCGCGGGAGUGACGCGGAUCCGGCGCUGGAGGAGGAGCACAACUCCUUCAUGCUGCGCCAGAACCUGAACGCGUACGUGUGCUACAGGCAGCUAGAUGAGUACACCACGUGCCUGGAGCGGCACCACCUUAUCGAGCACGCAGAUCGGGGACACGAGAUCAACACGAAGAACCGCAUGAAUGAGAAGAAGUGUCGCGCCACACAUAACGCCUAUGCGGCGUGUAUGGGUUCCGAGAAGAAUCAGGAGACUCUUUUGCAUAAUGCUGCGUUGCACAACAACUGUCAUGAUUUUCGCAUGGAACUCAUGAAUUGUUUCACGACAAACCGUGAGUUGGAGACGCAAACGUCGGAGCCGCAGUGCAUUCCUUUUUACCGCCAGUUGUUGCGCUGUGGACUGAAUCAUCUAUGGAAUGACUACUGGCGUUCGCUGACAAAGUUUGGUGAGGCGGAGGAGUAUCACCUCUACGAGCUCUCGCGUGACGACAACAAGAAGCAGGAGUUUCUGCGCGUAAUUACUUCGUCGCUGGAGCAGCAGCGGGAAUACCUGCGGAAGCAACGUGAGCAGGAAAAGGGAUACUUUCUCCCCCGCCCAGAGGGGGAGGCUGGCAACGCUGACGCUACGACGGCGACGCAGCCGUGGCAACGGCCGUACUGA